AUGCAAUCACAAGGUGGAGGCUUUAACAAAGGCCUUGGAGAGGAGGUUACUGAGCAAGAGGUGUCAGAUGACUCUCUGGAUGGCACCACAAACGAAGCUACCCCAACAGAAAAUGAAGGCAGUUCUGGCAACACAGAGCAAGAACCUGAAGAGAAGAGCAUUGAAAAUGCAGUUAAUCAAAGGCAGUCUAAAGACAGUGUGAAUGAGUACAGCACCACCUUCCAAAGAGUGCAAAAGGAUGUUAAAACUCAAGAGAAAACUACCAGCUGCAUGUCCAGAGCAGAUCAACAGAGUGAACAAAAAUCAGAUGGUGAUGACAAAUCAAUAACUAGCUCACUCAGCCAAAAGACAGAAGAAAAGAGGGGCUGUGUAAGAAUGACAAAAAAGGUUCUGCGAGACAUCUGUAAAGAGCAGAAAUUAUACUGGACCCCCUAUUUAAAUGAUACACUUUACUUGCAUUAUAAAGGAUUUGGCCGUCUGGAGAACCUUGAGGAGUACACUGGCUUGAAGUGUUUGUGGCUCCAGUGCAAUGGCCUCAGCAAAAUCGAGAAUUUGGAGGCGCUGACAGAGCUGCGUUGCCUCUACCUGCAACUCAAUUUAAUUAACAAGAUUGAAAACCUGGAGCCCUUACAGAAACUGGUUUCCCUCAACAUCAGUAACAACUGCAUAAAGACCAUUGAGAACCUCUCUUGUCUGAAAGCCCUGGAGACUCUGCAGAUCGCUCACAACAAAUUACAGACGGUGGAAGACAUCCAACACUUGCAAGAAUGCCCAAGUAUUUCUGUUCUUGAUCUGUCCCACAACCACCUCAGUGAUCCCAGUAUCAUAACCAUCCUGGAGACCAUGCCUAAUUUGCGCGUGCUGGAUUUAAUGGGAAACCAAGUGAUAAAGAAAAUUGCUAACUAUAGAAAAACACUUACUGUCCGACUAAAGCAGCUAACAUUUCUGGAUGACAGACCAGUUUUCCCAAAGGAUAGAGCCUGUGCAGAAGCCUGGGCUGUUGGAGGGCUUGAAGCUGAGAAAGCAGAAAGGGAAAAAUGGGAAACCAGAGACAGAAAAAAAAUCCAAGACAGCUUCAAGGCUUUAGAAGCCAUCAGGCAAAAAGCAGAGGAAAAGAAAAAACAAAAGUAUAUGGAAGAAAGAGAUUCAAGCACAAAAGGUGGAAAUGAAGCUGCAACAGACAUCCUGGAAGGAGCACCUGCAAAUUCAGGUGACAGUGAUGGAAAUAGAUCAGAGACUUCAAAUGUCUCAGAAGAGAAAGAAACUCAAGAGACUGAGAAAUUCAGAAAUGAAAGAUCUGAAGUGAUAAUGCUUCCGUCAAAUAAGGGAGAUAACACAGACUUCCCAUCUGGAAACAUUCCUGCUGGAAUUCAAGAGGAUGCACAAGAAUCAAACUCUUACAAAUGCUCCAGCUUCAACAAGAUGACAGAUGAUCUCCCAAGAGAGAAGGCCAGGAUUCCUGAGCUGCAGGAAUAUGCUGACUCUGAACAGAUCCAACUAGAGACACCAGGGAAACUUUAUCUUGAUGAACUGCCUGAUUUGGAAGAUGUAGAUAAAGAUGAAUUUCCCCCAGAAGAAGAAAUCUUUGAUCAAGAGCAGGAACAUCACCCAAAGAUUGAAAUAAUUUCUGAAAUGACCAGUGACAGCCAUUCUGUGUUAGGGGAAAACACUAGCAGCCUGUGUGAGAACUCAGAAGUAGCAGCUCCAACAGCAAUCUUUUCAAGUGCAUGGAAGAUGCACAAAGAGCAGGAGCACCUCAGACCCCUUGUUGAAAGCUUGCUUACAGAGCCUGCUGCUUCAGGAAGGCAUCUGGAGGAAACCAAAGAUAAACAAGCAACCCCCCCAAAGCCUUUGAUACAAGAGGUUAUCACUGAGCCUGAGGAUCAUCUGCUCUUGUCACCAGUCUGCAAUGAGCCAGAUGACACAGUCAUGGGCAGCGAUGGAGAAGCACAGUGCCUGGCUGUGGGUGAGGGAUGUCCUCACAAAGCACAGGAUGAGGAGGAAAGUGAGAGUGGAUUAGAUUAA